CAUCCAAUUUUAUUCGAAAAAGUCAGGAAUAUAAAACAAAGAAUUUAGUAAAAUAAAUUCGGUAAAAAUAUGUGAUUAUAAAAGUGGAAGGAAAUUUUUGCCGUAAAGGAACACGCGCAAUGUAAACAAAAUGAAGUCGCCAUUCGCCAUCAUCUUCAUCAGUCGCCAUUACAUAUCGCUUGCAUUGUGUGUAUUUGAUGGAGAUUGCUUGUGUCAAACAAACAGCGCGCGAUAAAGUAAUUUCCAAAUAGUUAGAUCUUGUGGUCUAAUAAAAUAUUGUUUACUGAAUUAAGUUACACAAGAUGGCACCUCCACGUAGGAUAUCACGGAAACAGCUGGAAAUUCUAAUUGAUCACUUGGAAGUAAACACAGACAUGUGCCAUGGUUUGCCGGCCGGCGCGCCCUCGCUCCACAGUACUUCGAAACAGAAGUGGGCUGCGUUGGGCAAGCAACUCAAUGCUGUUCCUGAUGGCUCGCUAAAAACACCUGAAUCCUGGAAAAAGUAUUGGUUCGAGUGGCGUCACAAAUGCAGAAAAAAAGCUGCAGAUGCAAGGAGAUAUCAAACACAACCAGAUGGUUCCUCAAGUAGAUUUAUACCGCUAGAUGACUUAGAAGUCCGAGUACUGGCCCUCAGUGGGAAAGGGUCACUAGGAUCUUCAAAGAAAAGAUCCAAACAACAGGAUAACUCUUCAUCAGACGAUUCAGAUUCCGAACCAUUUGCAAAUAUUAAAACUAAAUCCACAUUAGAGACUAAAGUUAAAAUUAAGAGAAUGUCAAGAUCAUCGACCGUGGAUGAAGAUGGAAGUCCCUCUUCGCCACCUCCUAAAUGGGUAAUGGAUAUCGAAGAACGAAGCAUUGCGGCUCAAGAACGCAUCGCGGCCGCGUUGGAAACCUUAGCGGCCGGCUCAGAACGACGAUGCGAUCUGAGCGAGCGAGCAGUGGACGCAUUAACUGUGCUAGCUGGCUCCAUGCAAGAUAUUGGCGCGGCGGUGCAGCAGACACUUACUCAUAUACAGAGGCUUCACCCCAUUUCUGACCAAAUGCAUUCUAAUGGCCCUGACAUAAAGGAUGUUUUCCUAUAAAUAAUUAAUUGUGGACUUUAAGUUAAGCAAAUGUGAGAUGGACACACCAUGCUAUGUGUGCAAGAUGGAGCCACACCCACAGAGGUUUCAAUCACCUGAGUUUGUGCUAAUUUAAAUGACCUGGAAAUUGUGUUCCUUUAUUAUUUAAUGUUUCAUUAGGAUCCUAGCCUAGGGAACACCUAGUCAUGUUAAAACACUGAAAUAUCUGACAGAAUUGGGUAGUGGCAAUAAAUCAAAUUUCUUUACCCAAAAAUGGUGGAUUCAGUCAUUAUUAUUAUUUGUAUGUUUCAAUGUACUUAUAUGGCAGCUACGUUAAAAAGUACCUCCUUAUACUACCAUGAUAAAUAUAAAUGUUAGAAAAACUUGU